CUGUGAUUGGCUGUCAAAACCAGUUUAAAUAACUGCACUGCAGGUUUCCCUCUCACUGUGGAAGGAAGAUAGACUUUUGGUUGCGUUGAGUCAGAUAGAGGCAUUUCAGUUUGCGUUUGAUCUUAUCUCUGGCUGAAACCAUGGGGUUUAUUCUACGUGUGGUGCUACUAUGGCUGCUCAUUAUUGGAGAGCUUCAGGCAAGCAUUACAUCCCGUGCCCCGGCAGCCCGGCUACCAGCAGAAACUGCCGCAACCCGUGCCCCAGCCUUGGCGGCGACCCGUGCCGAGGCCUUGGCGGCGACCCGUGCCCCGGCCUUGGCGGCGACCCGUGCCCCAGCCGUGGCGGCGACCCGUGCCCCAGCCGUGGCGGCGACCCGUGCCCCAGCCGUGGCGGCGACCCGUGCCCCAGCCGUGGCGGCGACCCGGCUACCAGCAGAAGCCCAUACCCCAGCAGCUUGGCUACCAGCAGAAGCCGCAGCACGUGUCCCAGCCUCAACGGCCGCAGCCCAUGCAGCGGCCGCAGCCUGGGUACUAGACGAAGCCCGUGCACCAGUCUCAACGGCCGCAACCCGUGCCCCAGCCUUAGCGGCAACCCAUCCUCCAGCGGAAGCCUUAGCCUUAGCCCGGCUACCAGCAGAAGCCCAUACCCCAGCAGCUUGGCUACCAGCCUUAGCCGCAACCCGUGCCCCAGCCUUAGCCGCAACCCGUGCCCCAGCCUUAGCCGCAACCCGUGCCCCAGCCUUAGCCGCAACCCGUGCCCCAGCCUUAGCCGCAACCCGUGCCCCAGCCUUAGCCGCAACCCGUGCCCCAGCCUUAGCCGCAACCCGGCUACCAGCCUUAGCCGCAACCCGGCUACCAGCCUUAGCCCAUACCCCAGCAGCUUUGCUACCAGUAGAAGCCCAUACCCCAGCAGCUUUGCUACCAGCAGAAGCCCAUACCCCAGCAGCUUUGCUACCAGUAGAAGCCCAUACCCCAGCAGCUUUGCUACCAGCAGAAGCCUAGACUGAAGGAUAUCUCGGAGGUGUUUCAACUUGUGGGCCUUGCUGAGUUUAGGCUUGUACCAUGACAGUCUUUUAAAAAAAAAAAAUAAAAAUAAAAUAAAUAAAAUGCAUUUUGUACUGCA